UAAACGGUCCUCCCAAAUAUUUUUGGUCGUUGGUGGAUUUUUCAUUCAUAGGAUCUACUUAAGGCAUGUUGUUUGGGUACUAGCCUGCCCUCCGGCUGAUGAGGCCUAGCGAAAAGUCCGCAGUGAGAGGCUCACCUGUACACAAUCCGACCAUGGAGGCGCUACUAGAGCAGACCGAACCGCACUUCAACGUACAGACCACAGGAGAUAACUCUAGCAGCUCCAUCUCCUCUUCAUUCCCUUCCCCUCCCGUCUCUUCUGCUGGCCAGCUCCUACUUGUGCAGAGAAAUAAUAAUAAUGAUUUCAACUUGCAGGACCUGCAGGAUCCGUUUGGUCCCUUUACCCAAUCCUCACCAGCCAUUACCACUUCCUCUCUCUCAGAGAACAACACUCAUUCCAGGACCUCUUCCCCUCCUCCUCUCACAUCGAUGGACAUUGCUGCAUUACGUAAGUCGCUGAGCUCCCGACCAAAGCUAAGACGAGUCUGUCAUAUUUGCGGACGAGAGUGUUUGAGCAGACACAAGCUCCAGCGUCACUUGAGUACCCACUCUGAAGAACGUCCCUACAAUUGCAAGAUCUGCGGAAAGGCAUUCAAGUGGACGGAGUACCUCUCCAAGCACAUGAGAACCCAGCAUGGCUCUGGCAAUGUCACUGGAACCUCAAACACUGUUAGACCAAUCGGUAGAAGUACCGGUAGUACUGGCAGUACAUCAAGCAAUGAAGACUCUGGCCCUAGAAGCAAUCAACCACCAGCUCUCGCAUUAGCACCAUUGAAUGAUCCUCCCACUCAAACAAGGAUAGCUACUCCACAGAGAACGACAUGUUCCUCCUCUUCUUCUAAUAACAACAACAAUAAUGCAUCUUCUUGUACUACUCCAGUGUUUACUAGUGAGAGUAACAAUGGAAAUGCUUCUACUUCAUCGCGACCGAAAGCAAUAACAAUACCAGCCACAAAUACUGGGUAUAGUGGAACCCAAUCACAAUCAACCCCUGACGUUUUCUCGCCUCAGUCAGCUUAUGAUGGUAACAUAUUAGCAGAGUCUGUUCCCUCUUCAACACCUCUCCUAUCAAACCAAUUAGCGCCAGCCUAUUCUGGAGGGGGAGGAGGAGCCUACUUCCCCCCUCCUCACCACGGCUUCUCUUACUCACCUCUCUUCCCUAUGAACUGCUAUGGAUAUCCUCCUAUGGAUCCAACUGGUGCCAUGGGUCAAUAUGGGAUGCCUGCUAUGCAGCAACAUAUACAUCCAGGAGCUUUCAAUCACAUGUUCCCUUUUGAUGCCUCCUAUCAAAACUACCAGCCACAACCACAGCCCUUGAGUAGUGCAGGGGACUUCAUGGGUAAAGGUCACACCUCUCUCCCUUCCACUUCUUCCUCAGUCUCUACUGGGAAUCAUGAGGCCAGGGAGUGCUCUUCAACCUCUUCCUCUGUCAGCUGUCAGACUCAAGAGCAGCUGGAGCCUCCUCCAGAAACAAGCAACAUUGGGGUUGGGCCCAGUAAAAAGCCCUCUGUAGUCAUCAUCAACAUGUGCACAAAGAAGGAGGUUGGGAUACAGUGUGAAGUGGGGGAUGAGACCCUACAGGCUUUAUUUGAGGAAGAGAGUCAGACACUUUCCUCUGCUAAUGGUUUCGACAGUAAUUCAAGCAUGGAUACGUCAGACGAGGGCCCUAGCUGUGUUUGUAAGUACCCUUGUGAGUUUGAGGGCUGUGCUAGGUCUUAUAUUCAUCGGAAGGAUCUCAUACGACACAUGAAGUCUGCCCAUGGAUCACUACCCAGAGUCCUUCAGCCUCGCAUUAUUGAGACGCCAGCAAAACCCUACGUGUGUCAAGUUGGCGAGUGUGGCAAGUCGUAUUUCCACAUGAAGGACCUGAGACGUCACCAGCGACACUGUCAUCUUGCUGGCUCGAUCAUCACUGAGAUAUCCAGCAGUUCGCCUACUCCUAGUGCUCAGGCUACUGGCAGUAAUAAUGGUUGUGGGUCUAUCAAGGGACUUGGAGGGGAUGAUGGUACGACUACUACCCUGAGGUUCCCGUGUGAUUUUAGCGGCUGUACAAAGUCAUACAUUCACAAGAAAGACCUCAUAAGACACAAGAGGACCUUCCAUCACGACAACUCCAGCCACCCCUCCAUACCCAGCCCAGUGGUUGUAUUGAGCUUCAAUAAAAAGGGACAGUCUGCAGCAGAGAAGUCAAGUAGCGAAAGUAGGGAGAGCAAUGACGAAAAAACUGUCACUAAAAGGUUUAGACUCGAUAGUUCGUCAGAGCCCCUGAGCAUAGCUCAACUCCCAGUUGGUAAUCACCAACCAUCCACUGAAGACUUGACCACUUUAAGUGCAACUGACCUUAGUCUCAUGUCAAACAUUUCAGCUGCUGUGGCUAACAUGCUAGAAAUGGAUAAAUCACCAACUUCUACUGGUUUUCCAAUUGAUAGCCUAACUGCUAGCUCAACCUCGACUAGCAGUGGCUCCACAGCUUCACAGGCUAGCCUUGUUGCAUCUGCCACUGAUAAAUUAGAAGCAGCAAUCUCAUUAGUAGACACUAAUAUGUAUGCUACACCAGCAACAUCUCCAUCAGCUAUGUUUAUGACCUUACUCUCUCAGAACAUUUAAUCAGUACUAUUAUUAUUAUAAUUAUUAUUAUUAUGAACAUUUAUGAUAGUUAUUAUUAUUGAAUUUAUUUUAAAAAUUUAGCAUAAGUGUUAACUGUUAAAGUGUUGACUCAUUCAAUAUCUUGCUCUUGACAUUA